AUGUCCACCUUUUUUUCCGCAAAGUCCAAAAACUUCCUACUUCGUCUCAAAAAACACCAACGACCGUCUCUUCCUGAUAUCAUGGACGACGCCCUGCAUGUUCAGGAUCAUGCUGUGAGAAUGCAGGAUAAGGCUAUGUUAAUUGAGCCUACAGACAGCAUGGAAAUAAUGUCGGUGGCCGCAUUGCCACCUGUAUCAGAGGAGAUUAAAGCCAGCGCCCUUCCAGCUGUUCUCGCCCCUGGAGCACAGGCAGACAGCCAGGAGUCGAAUGCAUCCGACAGCAAGUCUUCGUCGCUGUCCUUGUCGUCGUUGCCGUCUUCAUUUCCUCCAUCAUUAGCCAGCUCUUCUGGUCUUAGUGACCUAUCGAGGGAAACCAAGCUAGGAGAUGGCCAAUAUGCGCCUCCAAACGGAUCCACGGCGUCGACAUCUGUAACGUCAACAUUACCUCCUGCCUCCCCUUCAGCAUCAUAUAGGCAACUGAAAUCAACUGCACCAGCCUCUUAUAUACGCCCUGACAACGGGACGACGGACUACGCUACUCUAUCAAGCAGGGUUAAGCCGAGGUCAUCGAUACCUGCGCGCACCCCAUCGUCCGUAUAUGGGCAGCAAUGUGUAGAAUCUGCUUACGUCUCUAGGUUAAACCCAUAUGCACUCCACAAAGGCGAACAGGAGCUGUUGCAGGACCACUUAUGCCAUCUACAUGUCACCGCAUACCUCAAUAUUCGGAAUGGUAUCUUACGUCUAUGGUCACGCAAUCCUAUGCUCAGCGUCACCGAAGAUGAGGCGCUGGGCUGUGCAAAGGAUUGUCGAUGGAUGCCUCUUGCUUCGAUAGCCUAUAAUUGGCUCGUCCGAAAUGGGUAUAUAAAUUUCGGCUGUGUUGAUAUACCUAAAUCUCCAUCCCUCCAGAAGCGCGGGCGUCGAAAAGAUGGUCCUACAAUUGUGAUAGUAGGGGCUGGAAUGGCUGGAUUAGGAUGUGCCAGACAGCUACAAGGGCUUUUUCAACAUUAUUAUAGCAGCUCGCUAGCCCCCAAAAUAAUCAUCCUUGAGGCCCGGAAACGAAUAGGCGGCAGGAUAUACUCUCAUCCUCUACGGAGUUUAGAAACAAAUAAAUUACCUCAGGGACUUCGCCCUACAGCAGAAAUGGGAGCGCACAUCAUUGUUGGAUUUGACCAUGGUAACCCCUUAGAUCCGAUUAUACGUGCUCAGCUUGCCCUGCGUUGCCAUCUACUCCGUGAUAUUUCAACCAUCUAUGACACAGACGGGACUGCAGUCGAUGAGGUAAAAGAUUCGAUGGCAGAAAAAUUAUAUAAUGAUAUCCUGGAUAGGUCGGGAACAUACCGUCAUAAGGCGGUUGUCACGCCAACCGCAGAAGGAGAUAAAGAGCUAAUCAACUCUGGUCGAGACACAUCCGCUGAUGAUGGAAUAACAAUAAGAGAAUACGAAGAUGCUGCCGCUUCUGGGACCACGGGUACCCUACUACCAGCUGCCAGGCUCCGGCGAGGUGUCGGACACAAGACAACAGAUAUCAAACCGGUAGUUGGGCCCGCUCUUUCUGAUCUUCAGCCUACAGAGGAACAUUCCGCAGCAGUUACCUGUCAAGCUAUGGGCUGGAAGCUAAGAGACAAUGUUUCCACUGCCGAUUCAUUGCACCUUGAUGGAAUCGCGAACAUAUCGAAUACGCAAAAUCUAGGCGCUGUGAUGGAUGAUGCCAUAAAUCAGUACCAGAGACUUCUUGAGCUCAGACCAAAGGAUAUGAGAUUGCUAAACUGGCAUUUCGCUAACCUCGAGUAUGCAAAUGCUGCGAGUGUCGGGAAACUCAGUCUCUCAGGCUGGGACCAAGAUAUGGGUAAUGAGUUUGAAGGAGAGCAUGCUCAGGUUGUUGGUGGGUAUCAGCAGUUGCCACGAGGCCUAUGGUCACUCCCAUCAAAAUUAGACGUUCGCACAAAAAAGGUCGUUUCCAAAAUAUGUUAUAACGCGGACUCAACCUCGAACGAGAAAACUCGAGUUGAAUGUGAGGAUGGAGAAACUAUUUACGCUGAUAAGGUGGUAUUAACCGCACCACUUGGUGUACUGAAACAAUCUUCCAUUAGCUUCAACCCACCUCUUCCAGAGUGGAAAACCAAUGCGAUUAAACGUCUUGGCUUCGGGCUCUUGAACAAAGUGAUUCUUGUCUUUGAAGAGCCCUUCUGGGAUGUUCAGAGGGACAUGUUUGGUCUUUUAAGGGAGCCCACGGUUGAAAAUAGCAUGUCCCAGGACGACUACCGUGCAAAUCGUGGGCAGUUCUACCUCUUCUGGAACUGUCUUGCGACCUGCGGAUUACCUAUGCUUAUUGCUCUAAUGGCUGGAGAAUCAGCUCAUAGGGCCGAAACAUUGUCUGAUGCCGAGAUUAUUGAUGGAGUAACGACACAAUUAAGAAAUAUUUUCAAAGACAAGACGGUUCCUGAUCCCCUCGAGACUAUCGUCACAAGAUGGGGGCAAGACAGGUUUUCCCAAGGAAGUUACUCCUAUGUCGCCGCCGAUGCACUACCAGGUGAUUACGAUACCAUGGCAAAACCUAUCGGCGAUCUAUAUUUCGCAGGUGAGGCCACAUGCGGAACCCAUCCAGCAACUGUCCACGGAGCCUAUCUUUCAGGGUUACGCGUUGCAAGCGAGGUCAUUGACUCCUUCCUCGGUCCAAUCGAGAUUCCAUCCCCUCUUGUGCCUGCAAGGAACAAAGCAUCAAAUAAUGCUUCAAGCCCAACAACGCCACCCUCUGCCUCCCCGCAGAAGAAACGUAAGGCUAUGUCAUCUCAAGCAUCGCCCUCUUCCCCAACAGCACCAGCAUCUGAAGAUGUCCUACGGAAAGCGUACGAUGAAGCUAUGUGGGCAGCCAUUAUAUCUGAACUCGGCCCUGCAGAACCUCGACCACGUAAACUUGCCCUGAACCCUUUCCUUCUAUACCAGAAGGACUACUGGUACAUCUGCAAAACCGAAUGCGACAAUGCCAAAGUCAAGGCUACCGGAAAAGAAGGUGCAAAGGCUCCUCGGGACGAAAUCCGGCAAGCCCUUGGCCAAAUGUGGCGUGAUGCUAGCGAGGAGAUCAAGAAGCCGUAUCUAGAUCAGAUAGAGGUUCAUCGAAAGACGAACGAAGAAGACUUUGCAAAGUGGAAAGAUCGGAUUCUAGAGUGGGAGCGGAAGACAUACGAGGUCAAGGACAGAUGGUGUGCGGAGAAUCCUUUUGAGACCUUCGUUAAGAACAUGAGAGACAGUUAUCCUGCAAACGGGAUACAAGACGGCAGACAGAAGAUUAGGAGGUCAUGA